CGCGCCUGACGGCCCCUUUGCGACGGCUUUGACUGCCGUAAAGCAAGGUCGCCGCCGCUGCUGUAGAGUGAGAAGUACCUCUUUGUUCACAGAAAACAAGAUUAUCUUCCUGUUUCAUGAAGAAGAUGAUAACAGCUGGGUUAGUGUUAAAGAUAUCUGCGAGAAAAGCACAGACCAAUGAGUAGAAUCAAUAAGAACGUGAUCUUGGCCCUCCUAACACUGACAAGUUCUGCGUUCCUGCUGUUUCAGCUCUAUUACUACAAGCACUAUCUGUCAGCCAAGAAUGGAACUGGCUCAUCAAAAUCCAAGGGAAACCGAAUUGGAUUUGAUAGCACACAGUGGCGUGCAGUUAAGAAAUUUGUUAUGCUGACAUCCAGCCAAAAUGUGCCAGUGUUCCUUAUCGACCCUUGGAUUCUGGAAUUGAUUAAUAAAAACUUUGAACAAGUGAAAAAUACUUCUCAGGGCCCCGCUUCAGACUGCAGGUUCUUCUGUGUUCCGCGAGACUUCACUGCGUUUGCGCUGCAGUAUCACCUGUGGAAGAACGAGGAUGGCUGGUUUCGGAUAGCUGAGAAUAUGGGAUUUCAGUGCCUAAAGAUUGAAAGCAAAGAUCCUCGGCUAGAUGGAAUAGACUCACUUUCUGGAACUGAGAUUCCCCUGCACUAUGUCUGUAGGCUGGCCACUCACGCCAUCCACUUGGUGGUGUUUCAUGAGCGGAGCGGCAACUACCUCUGGCAUGGCCACCUACGGCUCAGAGGACACAUGGACAGAAAGUUUGUUCCUUUUCGAAAGUUACAGUUUGGUCGUUAUCCUGGAGCUUUUGACAGGCCAGAGUUGCAGCAGGUUACUAUUGAUGGGCUAGAUGUGUUUAUUCCAAAAGACCCAGGACGCUUUCUAGAAGAAGUGCCACGCUCCAGAUUUAUCGAGUGCAGGUAUAAAGAAGCUCGGGCGUUCCUUCAGCAGUACCUUGAGGAUAACACUGUGGAUGCUAUGGCCUUUCGGAAGAGGGCGAAGGAGUUACUGCAACUAGCAGCCAGAACAUUGAAGGAAUUGGGAGUGCCCUUCUGGCUGAGCAGUGGAACCUGUCUAGGAUGGUAUCGGCAAUGCAGUAUUAUCCCUUAUAGCAAAGAUGUCGACCUAGGAAUUUUCAUACAAGAUUACAAACCUAAUAUUAUUUUGGCAUUUCAGAAUGCGGGACUUCCACUCAAACACAAGUUUGGGAAGGUGGAAGACAGCUUGGAGCUCUCCUUUCAGGGACAGGAUGAUGUAAAACUUGACAUUUUUUUCUUCUAUGAAGAGACUGACCAUAUGUGGAAUGGAGGCACUCAGGCCAAAACAGGAAAAAAGUUUAAGUACCUGUUUCCCAAGUUCACACUGUGUUGGACAGAGUUUGCAGACAUGAAAGUCCACGUGCCCUGUGAAACAGUUGACUACAUUGAAGCCAACUAUGGUAAGACCUGGAAGAUUCCUGUGAAGACAUGGGACUGGAAGAGCUCACCCCCAAAUGUUCAGCCCAAUGGGAUCUGGCCUAUUUCUGAGUGGGACGAGGUUAUCCAGUUGUACUGAGAAUACAAAGUUAAGGAGGGACAUUUCCCAACAAGAAGGUGGGCAGCUGUUCAAAGCACCCCUGUCUUUUUGCUGCAUAUGAGAGCCAAAGAAGAUAAAUGACAAGUGGACCAUCUAAUCAGCAGUUGUUCUACAGUUUCUGAGGAGUUUCUACACCAGGUGAAAUACUAGGUUCUGGUGGAUAGGGAGAGAUGAACAAGCAAAUGCUGCCUCUCUCCUGUCCUGUUGGUAAGCAGUCCAGUCUUCUUUUAAGGGAAUGUCCCCCACCCUCUGAAGAGCUGGUGUACGUUACGAUGUAUUCCAAAAUGAUUCUUAAAAUGUUGAGUGAUGUUUAUGCUGGGAAGUGAGUUCAUCAUUCAAAGCUAAGGAGGAGUACAUUAGUUAGGAAUCAUUCAUUCCUGACUGUCCUCUGGAUUUAAGCUGCUGCGUUCAUGCCACUUUUGAGAUUGUGGGAUGUGAGUUAGUACUUCAUGAGUGAUCAGACUUUAUGUUGCAUAGAGAAAGAUAGUGGCAGACUCAUCUUACAAGCAUUUCUAUCACAGUUGGCUUAAAACACAGGGCGAUUUAUAAAGGAAGAUGAGAGUCAAUUUCAAGCCUUGUCAGGAUGCAUAGCUUCAUGUUUGAAGUGAGAAGUUGAUGCCUACGUGAGGUUUAUGUUUCCGACAUCAUAGGAACAUCUUCUCUGACCUGCAGUAGCACGUGCUGAUGAGUCUCUCAGUCAUGCCGUCUGAAAGCUGGGAUUUCCCAAGGCUUACUUUCCUUAUUUCAGUCCCAAUCACUCUUAGAUUUAAAAAAUAGGAGUAAUUCAUGGAUAUUUUUUAUUUUCUGAACUUGGAACUCUUCUACCCUUUAUUUUAAUGUUGACACUAAAUACUAAUAGAUACACCUCUGAGGUUUCUAAAUAGACCCUUUAUUUAUUUAUCAACAGUAGCUCUGUUUCUUUAAUAUAUAGCCUACACACUGAUUUAUUUAAAAUAAAGAUACGACUGUUGUUCUCUCCAAUACUACUUCAGGUUUCUAUAAUGAAGGCUUAAUGUGAACCUGGUAACUCGUCCUUGUUCCAGAUCACUGCUUUUAAAGCCUUUGUCCAUCCCUAGAUUUUCCUUCUGAUGAGUGUAAUAGUACAAGGCUCAGACUUCCUUCCUACCAAGUACUACACCUGCCGGACCCUUGACCUCCUUCUUCUUCACAAAAUACACUCGUGAGUAGGCUGGGUUAGCUGCACCCUUCUCUUUACCUGUACUUAAGCCAUGUGCUCUAAGUGAGAUAUGCAGAGGAGUCUGGUGCAGUAAAUGCUGCCUGGGAGAGGAGGUUCUCUACUCUCUGCUUAGGGGUGCCGACAUCCUCCUGCUCAAAUUGCUUUGUUUGUAUCCAUCUUUGGAGUUCAAGGUUGGGAAGUGUCCAGAGUACAAGCUAUCUUGACCAAGGUCAGAGGUUUCAUAUAUUCCUUCCUACACAGAGGACAGCUAAACAUCUUGUCUUCCCUCUGAUUGUCUUUAGUGUUGGGGUUCCUUUCUACCUUGGAGAAAAUGAAAGCCUUUCCCAGAAUUUGAAGGCGAGGCCUGCUUUGGAAAAUGAUCCCAUGAUUCAGUCACAGUGAAGCCUGUGCUUCUUAACCUUUGAACUCUGCUGAGUGUCCAGAGACCUUGGGUUAGGUGUGCUCACCCCCUGUACCUUCUCAGAUCACUUUUCAUUCCUCCCCGAAUAUGCCAACUGUCCUUUUAUAUGACUACUUUCUGGUCUGAUUGCCUGGUUUACUUGAAGACAUCUCUUCUGUUAACUUGUUGGUAGUAAUAUAACCAAGGAUGUCUCCAGGGAGACCCUGAGAAGCAAACACUUCCUCAGUUUACAACAGGCAGCUACGUUUCCAAACAUGGAGCACAUGCCCUGCUCUUGGCUGCCUUAUUGACAUCUGGUCACCGAGAUAAAAUAAUAGUAACCACAGCUGGCCGUCUAAGAAUAGCUGAGCCGCUAGAGAACGGGCUUCUCAGAUUCCCUGGCUAGCCUACAGUGUGGCCACUGUGUACUUAGUGAAGCAUUCUUUCUGGCCCUCAUUUCUCAGCUGGUCGGUAAUCCCAGGAAGGAGCGAGCUGAGCAGAACAGCUGAGGCCACGGUGCAAUAAGCGUUCUGUGACUUCUGGUCUGCUGCUGUCUGCAGACCUGAGAUCAGUUCUCAGUGCGGCCUCGAUGACACCUGACUCCAAUGUCUCGGGGAUGUGCCCUUGGGGUGCUCCUGCCAGCCCCCACUGAAGGCCUCGGGUGACAAAAGACGCUAAAGAGGAAUGUUUCUUUCUUGUCCAGAAUUCUUAAGCUACCUUCUUACCUUUAUCUGGAAAAAAAAAAAGCCUUAUCUACAAAAAAUAGAACAGUUUAUGUCUGAAGACAUCAGCCUGUAUUUCCUGACUCUUGAAAUGUUUUAAAGGGUACUCCGGUUCAGGGCUAGGGUUAAGUACUUAUAAAAUGUACCGUUUCCUACUUCCUGUUUCCUUGGUAAUCAUUUAAAUUGUAGGUGAGGAUGCACUGCCUUCUCAGAAGGUUGCAUGACAGAAGUUGCUUAGAAAUAAAAUUGGGGGUGGGGCACUGAGAUGGCUUAGUGGGUAAAAGCCCUUGUCACCGAAGCUGACUUGAGCGUGAUCCCCAGGACCCAUCUAGUGCAAGGAGAGAACUGAUUUCCACAAGUUGCCUGUGACCCCUGCGCGUAGGCUCCAGUGUGCUUGCAUCUCCUCUCCAGCACACAGGCAAAUGUAGUGAUACAGCCUACUGUGUCUGCUCAGUGCGGCUCAGAUUAUGUUGUUUAUGAACUGAGAGUCAUUGCCGUAUUACCUCCACCUGUAAACAGAGCUACGUUUUCAUUGAGCUGACCAAGCUGCUGUCUUCUGAUAGUAUCCAUGUACUACUGUUUUCUCCUAAGCCUGGCCAGUUUGCUCUCUGAUUUGGUGCCUGAUCUGCUAUGGACUUGCUUUUCAGUAUUCUAGUUUUGGGUGGCAAACAUCACCGUAUGUACAGAUCUCCAGAACCAAAGCUUUGGAGUGCUUAGUUAUUCUCUGCCUACCCUGGAUGGAGAUGUGGAUAGUGGAGACUUCUUGCCCAGCGUGUGUGAAGCCAGGGUCAGUACAAAUCACAAGAAAUCUGAGCAGAAGGAUUACCAUGUUCAAGACCAGCCUGGGCUACACUGUUAAGACCCUGUAUUGAGGGAGGAAGAAGGAGAGAAGAGAGACAGACAGAGAGAAAUGAGACUAUGCUCAUGUCAAUCAUCUGCCCACAGAUUUAUGUUUUUGUCUAAGCUAGGCAAGAAGCAGCAGCAUAUGUCAUCCUGUUUUAAGUUACUUUACAUUAGAGCAAAACACUAAUUAUAGUUAAUUGUAGGCAAACAGACCAAUUCAGUAUUUAGUCCUUUUGUAUACAACCAGUAAGCAAAUAUAAAUUUUCUGACAAUUUUUGUUUCUGUCCCCUCAGAACACCUAGGCUAGAAUUUGCCCCUAUAAUUCCUAGACCCAACCUAAUAGAAUUUUUCUGAGGGCCCACACAGCUAUCCGAACUUCUUCUGAGUAGCUUUCACAGAAGGGAGUGUAUAGGAAAGCUUUGUCACAUACAGUAUCCUGCCAUGCACUUUAAACACUAUAAGCUCUACAACCUUCUGACAAUUUGUUCAAAGCAUGAAAAUUAGUUCAUGAGUUUAUUGAAUGAAAAUCAUGUGUAACUCUGUCAACAUGUGCAUGACUAUGAAACAUGUAUGUGAAUUUUCUAGACCAUCUCAUGUUUUAAACAUGGGAUUUCAGUGUAUGCAUACCUGUUUCCUACUUGGUUUUUGUCUACAGGUAUAGUUCAUGGUACUACUGAAAAGACUUUUAAUAUUAUUACUCUGAGGAUUUGUAAUAUGUGAUCUACUUUGGGAUGAUUAAUAAAAAAUUUUUAAUCUGU